AGGGCGAAAGGAAGCAGACUUCCUUGAGGGGGGGGAAUGAAAGCAAAUUUAAUAACCAAGCGCUGGCCGCUGGCCGAUAGACAUCUAGAUGUCAUUUUCGUGUGGUGGUGCUGUGGAUGAGUGCCUGGCUGGGAGUGGGGGAUUCCCGGCGUGCUACUGGGAACUGUGGGAAAGGACGAGGCCAAUAAAAAUAUCUGACAAGUAUCAGAUUGUAUAAGCACUGAGUUAUUGUGUGAAAUCAAACUUAUAGAUGGAUCGUAGAUCAGAGCUCGUAUAUAAAUCAUAGAGCACAGCUCGUAGAUAUAUAGAUUAUAGAUCAUAGAGCUUAGCUCGUAGAUAUAUAGAUCAUAGCUCGUAUUUAUAUAGAUCUUAGAUAGAUUACUUGAGAUACGAUGACAUAAAGCACGUGUGAUAUACUUAUGAUGUUCGUAUUCUAAACUAAGCUUCUGAGAUCCUCGAGCAGUUGCUGAAGUUCCUCGAGAUCCCAAGACAGUUUUGCUGCCUAAGACAUCCUUAGGCCGAAGGAUUUCUCGCCACUAAGAGCGCUCCUCACCCACAGAAAGAGAGAGAGAGAGAGAGAGAGAGAGCGAACGAGAGAAAGAGGGAGAGUGUCCUUCUGCCCGCCGGGGUGCCGCUUGCGCAACAACCCCUAGCCCCGUAACCCCGUAACCCCGUAACCCCGCAGCCAUGAACCCCUGAGCGCCGUGCGCCGAGUGCCGAGCGGGUAUAAAACGCAGACCGCUCCCCGUACCGCUUCAGUUUGUCAGCGAGAGCAGUCGAGAGCAGAAGACUAGCAGAGUCUAGAAGCAGAUCCUUUUUUUUUGUGCACCACACAACAGACGAAACCCAGCAAACACACACACAACAUGCUGAAGUGGACGGCAUCGGCGCAGCGCCUGAACGAGAUUCCCGUGCACGAUGAGGAUGCCAACCAGCAGCGGAUGCCCGCCCAGCGGAGUAGACUGCAGCGGCGACAGCGCCGCCAGCGCAGAGCCACCAUUGCCAACAAAGAGAACGUGCCCGACACCGCCGUGGGCUACACCUCCACGCCAGUGCCCAUGGCUGCCCGGCUGCUGAACAGUCCGCUGGUGCUGGCGCCGCUCAGCGAUAUCCGGAACGUCACCCCAGAGGCGGUGGUGCGCAGCCAGGCGCCCCAAAGGGUGCAGAGUGUGCGAUACGCCACCACAUUGCCACGCUUCGCCGAGGACUACUCGCCCAACGGACUGCCCAGUGGUCAGCACUUGGCGCUGCGUGGCCUGGCGCCGCUGGAUCCCUUCCUGGGCCAACCACGCUACAUAGUGGGUGCGGGUGCGGGUGGAGGAGUUAGCCAACUCAAGCAGCGUCGACUGGACGCGGACUUUGUGGCCACCUUGGAGCCGGAGUUGCAGGAGUCGGAGUUGCAGGAACCGCCAGUGCUGGCCAAGGCAGAAGUGCGUCCAAGCACACCGCAGCCCGCCUCCUCCACGCAGAUGGGCGACCAGACCUUGGAUCGCCUCAUCGAUGCCAUCCUGGACUCCGCCUGCAAGGCGAAUGCCAGCAGCAAGAAGAAGCCGCGCAGGUCCACCUUCAAUCUGCGCCGCCGCACCUUGGUCAAGCAGCAAAUGGAGUCGCACUGCCCCCAGGAGGUGCUGUCGCCAUCCUACGCACCUGGCGACGAUCCGGCCGCGGACUUGAGCUUCGGCCUGAUGCCCCUGCCCGUGCAGAGUGGCCUGUUGGCCACUCCGGAGCCGGCCUCGCCGCUGGCCAAGAUGCCACACAACUUGCUGGUGCAGCUGGCCACUCCGGUGGCCAGGCCGAUGUCCUCCGCCGCCAAGCCUGCGCCCUGCGACAACACCUUCUGCCUGGAGACGCCGUUGAAGGCGCUGAAGCGCAGCCGCAAGGAGAUCGUCGCCAAGGAGUCGCCCAUCAAGCGCUACAAGGUCGACGAGCGCAACUACUUCGAGGUGGGACUGGCCCUGCCCUCAUCCAUCUAUGUCUGAGCAGAGGUCCUUGCACACCGAUCCUGGGGCAGCCCACAAAAGAGGAGACGAGAAGGCGAGCAACGCUGACAAACGGGGGGAAAACGCUUAACUAUGACGCUUAACUAGUUCCUAAGUCGCUAACUAAUCUGUAAACAUCUUUCAAUUGCUGUACAUAAUUUCUUCACUUUAUCACUAACCUAUUCACUAAUUAUUCCAAUUACUUGUAUAACCUUUUUUUUUAUGCUGCUGUUAUGUAGUUUUCGUAUAUGCAUUUUUUUCAUUAUUUAAUUUUAAACAAGUAUUUAUUGCUACCUUAAGUUACUCAAAUAAUAAUUUUUUUCAAAAUA